UGAGUGACGUAUAUCUCAUGCGACGAUUGAGCUGAGUCGAAGGGACUCCUCCACGUUGUGACGUCAAUAAGAAGCGACCGUGAGCAGGCCUACGAAAUCAACACACAAACAUAGGACGGGGAAUAGGGUUUGUUGUCUUUUUGUUUGUUUAUAAUCAAUUUGAUUAAACGCAAUGCCGAAAGUGAAGAGGAGCAGGAAGCCACCUCCGGAUGGCUGGGAGUUGAUUGAACCGACCUUGGACGAACUAGACCAAAAGAUGAGAGAAGCCGAGACGGAGCCUCACGAGGGAAAGCGGAAGGUGGAGUCCCUGUGGCCGAUAUUCAGACUGCAUCAUCAGCGGAGCCGAUAUAUCUUCGACCUGUUCUACAAGAGGAAGGCCAUCAGCAGAGAGCUUUAUGACUACUGUAUAAAGGAGAGUUAUGCUGAUAAGAACCUGAUAGCUAAGUGGAAGAAGCAGGGAUAUGAGAACCUGUGCUGCCUCCGCUGCAUCCAGACACGAGACACCAACUUUGGAACCAACUGCAUCUGUAGAGUCCCCAAGAGCAAACUGGAAGUGGGGAGGAUAAUCGAGUGUACCCACUGUGGCUGCCGAGGCUGCUCCGGCUGAAUCGUCAGGAUCACCUGGCUAGUCUACUCUGGAUCGUCUAGUCAGGUCUAGAUCACCUGGCUGUUUUGCUCUGGAUCGUCUAGUCUGGCCUGGCUGUUCUGCUCUGGAUCGUCUUGUCAGGUCUUUUCUACGGGACAUCAGGGCUCAUCUACUCCACCUUUGUGCUUCGCUACCCUGGAGAGGCGUCCGAUCUCGAAUACACCCCUGCUCUCUAUCCCCUGCUCCCUAUCGGGGGGGUAGGGGUGGGUUUGUGAUUGGCCGUGGGUUAUUGUUCCAGCUGUUUAGUACACGUGGUGGUCAUUUAUAAAGUGCUAUUGAACCUCAUUUACAAUGAAGAGGGCCGGGAGGGGGGUUGGCAGCUUUUUGCUGUUGAAACAUGUCAUUGCUUUGAACCUGAUGAUUCUUGUUUUAUUUGUACCUUAUAAUUUUAAUAAAACUCUUGUUAAAUAAAUAA